CUCCUGCCCCGGAGCUCGCUGUGCGUGUGCGCGUGAGUGUGUGUGUCCCUCCGCCAACGCCGCCACCUCAGCCCGGCAAAUGAACUCCGUCCGAGCCGCCAACCGGAGACCCAGGCGAGUGUCGCGGCCGCGCCCGGUGCAGCAACAGCAACAGCAGCCACCGCAGCAGCCGCCGCCGCAGCCGCCCCAGCAGCAGCCGCCGCAGCAGCAGCCUCCGCCGCCGCCGCAGCAGCAGCCUCCGCCGCCGCCACCGCCGCCUCCGCCGCUGCCUCAGGAGCGGAACAACGCCGGCGAGCGGGAUGAUGAUGUACCUGCAGAUAUGGUUGCAGAAGAAUCAGGUCCUGGUGCACAGAAUAGCCCAUACCAACUUCGUAGAAAAACUCUUUUGCCGAAAAGAACAGCGUGUCCUACAAAGAGCAGUAUGGAGGGUGCCUCAACUUCAGCUACAGAAAACUUUGGUCAUCGAGCAAAACGUGCAAGAGUAUCUGGAAAGUCACAAGAUCUAUCAGCAGCACCUGCUGAACAGUAUCUUCAGGAGAAACUGCCAGAUGAAGUAGUACUAAAAAUCUUCUCUUAUUUGCUGGAACAGGAUCUUUGUAGAGCAGCUUGUGUAUGUAAACGCUUCAGUGAACUUGCUAAUGAUCCAAUUUUGUGGAAACGAUUAUACAUGGAAGUAUUUGAAUAUACCCGUCCUAUGAUGCAUCCUGAACCUGGUAAAUUCUACCAGAUUAAUCCAGAAGAGUAUGAGCAUCCAAAUCCUUGGAAAGAGAGUUUCCAGCAGUUGUAUAAAGGUGCACAUGUAAAGCCAGGAUUUGCUGAACAUUUCUACAGUAAUCCUGCAAGAUAUAAAGGAAGAGAAAAUAUGUUGUAUUAUGAUACUAUUGAAGAUGCCCUUGGUGGGGUACAAGAAGCUCAUUUUGAUGGACUUAUCUUUGUUCAUUCUGGAAUAUAUACUGAUGAAUGGAUAUAUAUUGAAUCUCCAAUCACCAUGAUUGGUGCAGCACCUGGGAAAGUAGCAGACAAAGUUAUUAUUGAAAACACUAGAGAUUCAACCUUUGUUUUUAUGGAAGGUUCUGAAGAUGCUUAUGUUGGAUAUAUGACAAUAAGGUUUAAUCCUGAUGACAAAUCUGCUCAGCACCACAAUGCACACCACUGCUUAGAGAUUACAGUAAAUUGUAGCCCUAUUAUUGAUCACUGUAUCAUCCGAAGUACAUGUACAGUUGGUUCUGCAGUAUGUGUUAGUGGUCAAGGAGCAUGUCCCACUAUCAAGCACUGUAACAUCAGUGACUGUGAAAAUGUUGGACUUUAUAUAACAGAUCAUGCACAGGGAAUAUAUGAAGAUAAUGAAAUUUCCAAUAAUGCUUUAGCUGGAAUUUGGGUUAAAAAUCAUGGAAACCCAAUUAUUAGGCGGAAUCAUAUUCAUCAUGGACGUGACGUUGGUGUGUUCACAUUUGAUCAUGGCAUGGGUUACUUUGAAAGUUGCAACAUACACAGAAACAGGAUAGCAGGCUUUGAAGUAAAAGCCUAUGCUAACCCCACAGUGGUUCGAUGUGAAAUUCACCAUGGGCAGACUGGAGGAAUAUAUGUCCAUGAAAAAGGAAGAGGACAAUUUAUAGAGAAUAAAAUCUAUGCAAACAACUUUGCAGGUGUAUGGAUUACCUCAAAUAGUGACCCAACAAUAAGGGGAAAUUCUAUAUUUAAUGGAAAUCAAGGAGGAGUUUACAUCUUUGGUGAUGGACGAGGCCUUAUUGAAGGAAAUGACAUUUAUGGCAAUGCAUUAGCAGGAAUUCAGAUUAGGACAAACAGUUGUCCAAUUGUUCGACAUAAUAAAAUUCACGAUGGCCAACAUGGUGGAAUUUAUGUGCAUGAAAAAGGACAAGGUGUAAUAGAAGAAAAUGAAGUUUAUAGUAAUACUCUGGCUGGAGUCUGGGUGACAACUGGCAGCACUCCAGUAUUGAGAAGAAAUCGGAUACACAGUGGCAAGCAGGUUGGUGUUUAUUUUUACGACAAUGGACAUGGAGUGCUAGAGGACAAUGAUAUCUAUAAUCAUAUGUAUUCAGGGGUUCAAAUAAGGACUGGAAGCAACCCCAAAAUUAGACGUAACAAAAUUUGGGGAGGACAGAAUGGUGGAAUUCUAGUUUAUAAUUCUGGUCUGGGCUGUAUAGAAGACAAUGAAAUAUUUGACAAUGCAAUGGCUGGAGUCUGGAUUAAGACAGAUAGUAACCCUACACUAAGAAGAAAUAAAAUCCAUGAUGGAAGAGAUGGUGGCAUCUGUAUAUUUAAUGGGGGUCGAGGUCUCCUUGAAGAAAAUGAUAUUUUCAGGAAUGCUCAAGCAGGUGUUCUCAUCAGCACUAAUAGUCAUCCAGUCUUAAGGAAAAACAGAAUAUUUGAUGGAUUUGCUGCAGGUAUUGAAAUUACAAAUCAUGCAACUGCAACAUUAGAAGGCAAUCAGAUUUUUAACAACCGAUUUGGAGGCUUAUUUUUAGCAUCUGGUGUAAAUGUGACAAUGAAAGAUAACAAAAUCAUGAACAAUCAAGACGCCAUAGAAAAGGCUGUUAGUAGAGGCCAGUGUUUAUAUAAAAUAUCAAGUUAUACCAGCUAUCCCAUGCAUGAUUUCUACAGAUGUCACACUUGUAACACCACAGAUCGAAAUGCCAUAUGUGUGAACUGCAUUAAGAAGUGCCAUCAGGGACAUGAUGUAGAGUUUAUUAGACAUGAUAGGUUUUUCUGUGACUGUGGUGCUGGAACACUGUCUAAUCCUUGUACAUUAGCUGGUGAGCCUACACAUGAUACAGAUACAUUAUAUGACUCUGCUCCACCUAUAGAAUCUAAUACAUUGCAGCACAACUGAAUUCCUUCCCUAAAGAAAAAGUCCUGCCAUUCUAACACCAUAACUUAAAAACUUUUUUUGUUUUGUUUUGGAAGAAGAUUUAAAAUAUUUGCCCAUGCUACAGGAAGAGACUGUAUUAAAAAUGGAUACACAAGGUCAGUUGACACUAUGAAGCUCAAGCUACCAAAAAGAAAGUGGCAAUAUAUUGACUCAGGAUCUCAAAGCUGGGUGUUUUAGCAUUACUGUGUAAAAGACUUUUGAAGGGACAGAAGUGAAGAAAAUAAGCUGCAAUUUUGUACAGAUACCAACUUCUGAAAAGCUGGUGUUUUUACAACUAGCAUUGAAUGCAGUCCAAUUUGCAGUAGUAAUCUUCAAUAGACAAGCAGCUUUGUUGCUGCCUUUAUGGACAUGGGUACCAAUUGCUUUUGUAAUAUGGUAAAAAUGUGAGCUAGCACUUCUGCGUUUCUUUUGAUUUUUUUUAACAUGUAUUCAGAUUGAGAAAUAUGAUUUUAAUGCUUUAAUCUCAUGUAGUUUGUUUUUAAUUUCAAGCAAAAUCUUAUUGUACUUGAAUGUGCCCUGUUUUGUUAGCACACCUAGACUUGCUGUAAACUGUACUCAUGUCCCAGUAUGUACGUUCUUUCUAUGAAAGAGAAAACACUAAUCUUAAAUUAUAUCCAGCAAUGUUUCUGGUA